CAGUCUUUUUAGUGAUAAGGUAACAUAACUUCCACCGGAGUCGGCGGCGCUUCCUCCAUUGCCACCACCACUACCAUGGACUUCCACCUCCACGGCGGCUCCCCCUCUUCCACCUCCUCCCACCACCACCAAAAUCCCCCCACCGACAACACCAACACCAAUUCGGCCUCCAACGGCCACCACUCCUCCGACCCUAUGCACUCCUGGUGGGAAUCCAUCUCCCGCGCCCGCUCCCGCAUCCACCUCCUCUCCUCUCUCCUCCCCUCUCCCCCCCACCUCGAUCCCCUCUCCUCCCUCGCCGAUACCGACCGCCCCGCCCGCUCCCUCCUCCUCUCCUCCCCCGCCUACUCCUCCCUCUCCGCUGCCCUCUCAUCCCCCUCCUCCGGCCACGCCGACGACCCCCUCUGCCGCUGGCUCUACGAAACCUACCUCUCCUCCGACCCCGAUCUCCGCCUCGUCGUCCUCUCCGCCCUCCCCCUCCUCGCCUCCGCCUACCUCCGCCGCAUCCACCACCCCGCUGCCGAAUCCCCGCCAUCCCUCGCCGGAUUCGAGGCCGUCCUGUUAGCGCUCUACUCCUCCGUGGCGAAGUCGCGCAACGGCAAGGCGGUUACCGUUUCCAUCCCCGAUCUGUCGCAGCCGUCGCUGUAUCACGCUCCGAGAAACCCUAGCCCUAGUUCGAACCCUAGCGGGACUUCGAUCGGGAUUCUCUCGCCGCCGCUGGAGCCGCAGAUGGCGGUGAAGUCAACCAAGCGCGCUUGCAUCGUUGGCGUCGCGCUGGAUUGUUACUACAAGCAGAUAUCGCAGAUGCCGAGGUGGUCGAAGCUUGAUUUCUGCAAUUUCGCUGCUGUUUGGGCGGGGGUUGAUUGCCCCUGCACUUCGGAUUUCGAUGGGAAACCGGUGGAUUUUAUCGAUAAGAAUGACCGUCGUUGUAGUGGGAACGGAUUUGGGGAUGAUGAUGAAAUUAGGGUUGAAUCAGACGAGAUUGAUCGGGUGGUGGAGAGAGUUAGGGAUUUAGAAAUUGAAAACGGUGAAGAAGAGGACUUGAGAAUUCCGCUACCAUGGGAAUUGUUGCAGCCGGUUUUGAGAAUUUUGGCGCAUUGUUUGCUGGGGCCUCUGAAUGCUGAUGAGGUGAAGGACGCCGCGUCUGUGGCUGUGCGGCGCCUGUAUGCUCGAGCUUCCCAUGAUCUGGUUCCGCAAGCGAUUCUAGCUACGAGGAGUUUGAUCCAGCUUGAUAAGGGGAUGCGUGAAGCUGCUAAUGCUGCUGCUGCUGCUGCCAAUGGCUCUGAUUCGAAUGCUAACACUCCCAGUAAGGCUAAGAAACCCGAGAUACUUUUAGCUUCCAAGUGAUGGUGUUCUAUCAGAAUUUGCCUGUUCAUAACUUGCGUUUGGUGUUCAUUGUGGGUAUCUGAGAAUGUAUUGAUUUUGUGUAGAUUAUUAAUUGUUACUAAAAUUAUACGUAUAGAUGAAUUGUUUUUAUGAUGGGUAACGGGCCAGGCCAGAUUGAUGAGAUAUAUGCUUAACGAUGUGUAAUAUUAUGAAUUAUGUUAAUUUGAUGUGUAGCUGUUAUUGUUCAAAUGCUUUUGUUUCUUUA